GGGCUAACGCGAGGAUGCUGAAGAAGGGACCAGACUGGAACAGCUGUCAGAUUCGAGCCCAGCUGGAAUGUGGAAUCUUUUGUCGAGGGCGUACAAGCAUGGAUGAAAGAGACAAUGCAGAUUAGUUCAACUGAAGAGUCUCCAGAACAUCUACUCCACAGACAGGGCAGAGCACACUCAACAGGACCUCGGACUGUUUGCGCAUUUCUGCACCGGAAGAGACCACAGAGACAAAGAUGCCUGUUCUACAGCGAGAACAACCCAAAGGCCUCAAAGACAACUCUGUCUUGCCCAAGCUUCCCGUCCCCCCAUUGCGGCAGACCCUGGACACCUACCUGAAAUGUGUGGAACACCUGGUGAGCAAGGAGCAGUUCAGGAAGACCAAGGCCAUUGUGGAGAAGUUUGGGGCCCCCGGAGGCACUGGAGAACUCCUCCAGAAAAAACUACAGGAGAGGAGAGACAAAACCGACAACUGGGUGUAUGACUACUGGUUGGAAGACAUGUACCUGAACAACAGGCUAGCACUUCCUGUCAACUCCAGCCCUGUCAUGGUGUUCCCGAAACAGAACUUCCGGGAUUGCGGUGAUAUUCUCAGAUUUGCAGCUCAUCUAAUUUCCGGAGUUCUGGAGUACAAGGCUCUUCUUGACGGACGUGCCCUGCCUGUAGAGUACGCUCGGGGCCAGCUGGCUGGGACUCCUCUGUGCAUGGAGCAGUACUACCGGCUCUUCUCCUCCUACCGCCUGCCUGGCCCUCAGAGGGACACCCUGGUGGCCCAGCAGAGCUGCGUGAUGCCGGAGCCAGAACACAUCAUCGUGGCCUGCAAGAACCAGUUCUUCGUUUUGGACGUGGUGAUAAACUUCCGCCGGCUUAACGAGAGGGACCUCCUCACCCAGCUGGAGAAAAUCAUCAAAAUGGCGGCGAACGCGGAGGAGCGGCUGCCUCCCAUUGGGCUGCUGACGUCAGACGGCCGGACGCAAUGGGCCGCGGCCCGGGCCGCGCUGGUGAAAGAUUCCACAAACAGGGACUCUCUGGAUGCGAUCGAGAGGUGUCUGUGUCUGGUGUGUCUGGACGACCCCAGUGGAGUGGAGCCCACCGACACUAACCGAGCCCUGCAGAUGCUCCAUGGUGGCGGCCACAACAAGAACGGGGCCAACCGCUGGUACGACAAACCCAUGCAGUUUGUUAUAGGGGCAGAUGGUAUCUGUGGCGUGGUGUGUGAACACUCCCCCUUUGAAGGAAUCGUUCUUGUCCAGUGCUCCGAGUACCUUCUUAAAUACAUGACAGGAAGUCCGUCCAAGCUGGUGAGGGCGGCCAGCGUCAGCGAGCUUCCUGCCCCCCGGAGACUGCACUGGAAGUGUUCCCCCGAGGUCCAGGGGUUCCUGGCAGCGUCGGCAGACAGGCUGGGAAGGCUGGUAAGAAAUCUGGACAUGGAUGCCUACAAGUUCAAAAUUUAUGGAAAGGAGUUCAUCAAAAAACAGAAAAUGAGUCCAGAUGCAUACAUACAAGUGGCCCUUCAGUUUGCCUUUUACAGAUGUAACGGACGACCGGUCUCGACGUACGAGAGCGCUUCCAUCCGCCGAUUCCGGGAAGGGCGGGUGGACAACAUCCGCUCGGCCACGCCAGAGGCCCUGGCCUUUGUGAAAUCGAUGACAGAUGAGAAGUCUUCUGUACCCGAUUCUGAGAAGAUGAAAAGACUGUGGGAUGCUAUAAAUGCCCAGACCAAUUACACUGUUCUUGCAAUCACAGGAAUGGCAAUAGACAAUCAUUUACUGGGACUGCGAGAGAUGGCGCAGGAACUGAAAAUGGAGAAACCCGAGAUCUUCACUGACGAAGCGUACGCCAUCAGCAACCAGUUCAUUCUGUCCACCAGCCAGGUACCCACCACCGUGGAGAUGUUCUGCUGCUACGGGCCCGUGGUUCCCAACGGUUACGGAGCCUGUUACAACCCCCAGCCGGACCACGUGGUGUUCUGCGUGUCCAGUUUCCGGGAGAGCACGGAGACCUGCUCGGCCGUGUUCGCCGAGGCGCUGGACCAGUGCCUGGUGGAGAUGAGGGAUCUGUGCAAUAGGUGCUCCGCAGCCAAGCCUGGCAGCCAGAAAGAAGGGGCAGCCAAGCCUGGCAGCCAGAAAGAAGGGGCAGCCAAGCCUGGCAGCCAGAAAGAAGGGGCAGCCAAGCCAUUGAAGAAUGGAAACAAGCCAUAACCAAGAGGAGUGCCUGAAACAGUGAGCUCUCCUGACCCCUCUCUGAGCACUGACCCCUCUCUGAGCACUGAGCUGUGGCAGGGGGGACUCUGUGUAUAUGUGUGUGCUUUUUUUUGUUGAUUCACAAAGAUUCAUUAUUUAAUUGAAUUGCUAAAUGCUAAAUAUUUUUCAAUCAUGGAUGCAAAUAUAGUAAGAUUAAACUAUUGAAACUGAGAUGAAAUAUAGAAAUAGAUAAAUAUUUAUUUAUUAAGCUACACGCACAAUUGCUUGAAAUUACUGGUGUUAGGUUAUAUUUAUAAUGUACAUUUCUGUCCAGUUGAGGAUUGUGGUACAUUGGCAGGCUGGCAUCUUGAACCUAUACAGAAUAUACUACAGACUGCAUAGCAAUGGCUGAUGAAAUGCUUUCAGAAAGAAUGUUAAUUUGUUUUUGUGUACCGUAAUUUUAUAUCAGAAAAUUCAAACUAUGCCUCUAUUAAAAAAUGAAAGAAGCUGAGGUCAAAUUUAAAACUGCACCUCUGUUUAAGCAUACAACAUAAGCCUCUUGUUUUGUCACUGGCAUUCUUUGGUUUGGUAAUGGACACAGUGCAUAAGUGCCAUUUGGAAAUCAGGGUAGGACAUAUCUAAGCAUCCAAGUAGAGGAAAACAGUGCUAUCAUGUUAACAAAGCAAGCAACAGGGUUAUGAACCUGGACCCACUGUAUCCCUACAGUAUGUGUAAUAAGCAAGGUAUUCACCUGGCCAAAUACACAGAUCUAAGCACUGAUAAUAUUAAAAAUAUCUUAUGUAGGUUACCCGGGAUGCAGUUAAUCUUCAAAGUAAAUAAGUGACACUAAUGUAGUGUAACAAAAAUCAGCCGACAAGAAAUAGGUUUUCUAAGUUACAUUUUCUUUUGGAAACACAAUAACAACAGGCUUUUUCCUUAUUUAUAUUUUCUAUGAAAUGUUGAUUUUUUUUUAACAUUGUCUGUGCAAGAUUCAUGCAAAUACAUCAAAACUGUUGCAUAGAUAUAUUUUUCAAAAUGGUUAAUUUGUUCAAAGUGCAAUACAAUUGACAUGGCCAAAUUAUGGUCUGAACCUUUUUGUGUUAACAUUAAUCAUAAAUUCACAGCUUCAAACAUUGUUUACAAAUAUAUGAAUUAUUUUGAAUAAAUUAAUAAAUGAAUCAGGCAAGGUUAAAUAGAUUUAGUUACCAAAGAGAAAAAACGUGAAUUGCUCAGUUAACAAUAAAAAAUU